GCCGCGGGGUGCCGCGGGGUGCCGCGGGGUGCCGCGGGGUGCCGCGGGGGCCCAACGAUGCCGCGGUCGCCGCGAACCGAGCGGAAGGCGCAGACUCAGCUGGCCCUCAAUGAGGCCCUGCAGAGCGUCGAGGCCGGGCUGCCCCACAUCUCGCUUCUCGGCAAGACCCUUGGGCCGGAGGCCGCGAAGGAGCUGGCGAGGGCGCUGGAGUCGAACACGACUGUCAGGCUGCUCGAGAUGGAGGGCAGCAACAUCCAGGACGACGGCGCCGCGGCGCUCGCGAAGGUGCUCGGGGUGAACACCACGCUCAAGAUGUUGGACUUGGCUGGCAACGGCAUCGGCGACAAGG